AUGAGACCACCAGAAGCCAGCAGGUGCCCAGAAGCAAAUCUCAACCAUUUCCGCACGAAGGCAGCCGCCCUGGCCCUCCGGCGCGCCGCGCUCAGCGGCCACGCGCUGGCCGUGCGCGCGCUGCUCAACGGAGGAGCCCCCGUCAAGGGCAGCGAGCGCGACUUCCCGUCCGCCAUGUUCGCCGCCGCCACCUGCGACGCCGCCUGCCUCGCCGAACUGCUCGACGCCGGGGCCAACCCCAACCAAAUGGAUCGACAAGGAAGAACUCCCUUACAUUAUGCGGUCAUAGGCAACGACGUGGAGUGCGUCUAUUUACUGGUGGCUGCCGGCGCGGACCCUCUCGUCGAGGACGACUACGGCUACACGACCAUCGACAUGGCGGCGUCCACUUACCUGCACGACUACCUGGCGUCCCUGCCGCCGGUGCCAUGCGCUGGCGACGAGAGCUUCGGGCCGCGCUCAACCGCUACGAUAUAGUGACAAUGGGUUCAAGUCUUGCCGAGUUGGCCAUACUCCGGCAAGAAUAUACUCGGAUUAAAACACAGGGGCACUUCAAGGUCACGAGCUGAAAGGAGACGGGGACAUUGUCAUCCAGUCGAGAGCUGCAAUACCGAAAAAGUCACGACGAAGCUAUGCAUUGCAUGAGUGCCACCGUAAUCGUACAGAUCGUGAUCUUGAAGUGCCGAUAAGUUUAUAUAUGAGUAGCGUUCAGGCACGCGGUGGUUGUAAUCUGUCAUGUUCCCGCAAUGAAGCUGUUAGAAGCACGAAGGCACGUUUACAACUGGUGAAACCGUUCUAGGCCUGCGUUUGCCAGUGCAUGGUCAUUUUUAGCCAUCUCGAGAGUAAAAAUUACUCAGUUUGACCAAGGCAUUCUUUGCAUUCAUGAAACUAUAACGUGAAAGUUUAUAGAAUCGUAGAUUGUAAAAACUGACGGAUAUAUUCUUCCAAUAGCGAAGCAGGUCUUUUAAGACAAUAUUAUGUAUAGGCCAUGGUCUGUACUACUUGCAUAUUUUACCGGAUUGUUUUUUGCUUCCGAUUUUAAAUUUUGUUUAGAAUUAUCCCUCUGUUCCUUGUUCACGUGUCACUUGUUUUCGAAAAUGUUUUAAAUAUUCAAUUUCUUAUGUUAAAAAUUGAAGUCAUGUAUUCUCAUAUUCACUUUACGUACAGUUCUGCCUUGUUUUAUUCUUUACUAAAUUGGAAAAGUGACUCAUUUAUUUUUAUAUUGUUAAUGGUGUGAUUUUUAAGAAUAAACACAAUCUUAAACCCCAAAUUUACUACCUUCCCUUUUCAUUUAUCAUGUCCUACGUUAUUUAUCCCAAUAUUUCGAAUCUUGAAUAUGUGUACUUGCUUUAAAAUGCUUUUGGCUUAUUAAAACUAGUUUACUAACGUAAACUACCAUUGUGUGGUAACUCUGCUAGUUAUACGCAAAUAAAUAUUGGAUAUUUUUCCUUCUCCUGCUUUACACUUUUAACAUUCUGGAACUGGAUUUCGUGGCAGUUGCUUUUCUUAGGCAUUAAUUGGAUAUAUUUCUUAAUAGCAGCCUUCGAUAAAACAUUCUUAUUGUUACGGUCUUAAUUUGAAAAGGGAAUCGUUCUUCCGUAGGUUAAGGCUAAAUAAUGGGAAUACAAUAUUGUAUUAUAUGCCAAAUCAUGUAAU